UUCUGAUUGGCCGAAUGCUUAAAACAGAAAGGGCAGUUGGUGCCCAUUUCAAGAUUGCAAUGGGAGGCGGCAACCACUACGGCGGCAACAAGGGUCGAGGACGGGGCUUGUCAGCAGCAGGGCCACAUCGAGGAGGGACCGGUGGUCGGUCAUCUCGCCCCAUGGAUAUGUCUGUCGACUUGGAUUUUGCGCUUCGGCGCAAGGAGCCAUUCAGUCGUAUUCAUGACAUGAUAGCGUUUAUGGCGGCAUUGGACAACGCCCCCCCUGCUGUCAUCAACGAGUUCCUCAUGCUGUUCACGCGCGAACCGCACAUCACCGACAAACUCACGUGUAUUCUGGAACUCCGUUUCACCCCCUCGACGUUUCAGCAAGUCGCGAAGCCUCUGUUGGCGCUGCUGGCGUCCACGACACUGGUGCAUUCGCCCCAUGCAUCCGACGUUCGAGCGGUGCUGCGGCUGGUGUGGUCGUGUCCGCUGUUUUUCAAACGCACGAUGGAUUGCCUAAACGACCCGCAACUCUUAUCCGACGUCAAGCACGACUCUGCACCACACUUUGCGGCGUUGCUUCUGUUGCUCGUCAAGAAACUCCCGUCGGUUGUCCCGUUAGACGACAUGUGUUACGACCUCCUGGGGCGGUUCCGAGACUGGGGCCAUCAGAAUCUUCCAACGACGUCGGGUGUCGUCGCCAUGUUGAACGAAGCCAUGGAAUUGUGCGAAGAAUUUGUUCCAUCCCGGGCUCCCCACGACAAAGCGCCAGCAGCCCCAAACUACUUCGUGGACACGACGCCACGGCCAGUUCGGCGAUUUGUGGAGGAUGGCGACACAGCCAUCGGGCCUCGCCACGACAACGACAAGCCCAACGUCGACGACAUUCAAGUGCUUCCCACUGACGACGAAAUGCGCUGUGCCGAAGAGCCGUACUUGCCGCUGCAUCCCGACAGCCCGUCGGACGCUGGUGCCCACGUGUCGUUUCACUUUCGCGCCAUGCGGGAAGACGCGUUGGCGCAGAUGCGACGGGGUUUGCAGUGGUGGCUGCACCCGUCGACGGACCGAUUCGUUCCCCCCCCACGACAUUCGGAUAAACCUCGCUUGAAUGUCGCCGUCCAAGUCUCGUUGCGGCAAGUCCACGGGUCGAUUCACAAGGGCGUGCUCUUUCAGGUGCGCGGGCCACAGCCGUGGCCACAUGAGACCAAAGCCAACUUGACGGCGCUGUGGGAACGCGACCGCCGGUACGCGGUCGGGUCGUUGGUGUGCAUUGCCACCGAAGUGACGAUGCCGCCGGAGCCAGACGCUGAGCCGGGGCGCGAUGCGUUUCCACGACGGGCACCGCUCGCGUGCCACUCGCUCGUGUUUGGCACCGUGGCCGUACGCGACACCGCUCUGUUGGUCGACCCCGACGGCUUUUGCAUCAGUAUCAAGCUCAUUCGCCCGACUGAAGUCCCGCGCAUCAUGCGCGCCAUGUCGCAUGGCCUGAAUGUACUGCUUGAGGUGCAGAAUUCGUUUUUCACGGGCUACGAGCCGAUCUUGCGGUCGCUGCAAGCCCAUGACGUGGCACCCCGGCUGCGCGAGUGCCUCUACGGCACGGACCCCGCCGCGACGUGGACCCAGCGCCCGGCGUACUUGACGCGCACGCACUUGCAGCUGCAGUGCCUCGUGCACCCCGACCAUCAACACGACGUGAACCUGCGCCAGGUGCCCGCGGCGUCCAAGGACGGACUGGCGGCGCAGCUGCGGGCUGUGAUGGACAAGCUGGUGCUGGACGCGUCCCAGAUUGACGCGUUUGCGGCGGCCAUGACCCAGCAAAUGUGUCUGAUCCAAGGCCCCCCCGGCACGGGCAAAAGCUACGUGGGCACGCGCAUCGUGGACGGCAUUCUGGCGCAGACGGGGGUGACCGUGGGGCCGAUUCUCGUCGUGUGCUACACAAACCACGCGUUGGACCAGUUCCUCGAGGGAUUGUUGGACGAUCACAUUGUACGACCUCUGGACAUUGUCCGCGUGGGAAGCCGCAGCAAGUCGGCACGUCUGGACGAAUGCACGCUGUUUCACUUGCGGAAGAUGGAACACUUUGCUGGUCCCACGCGGCUCGAAAGCGCGACGCACGGCAAACUCGUCCGGACGUGCCGGGAGAUUGAAGAGCGAACGUUUAGCUCGUUUCACCAAGAUACGGCGCUGGCCAAGUUUUUGCAAUGGCUGGCGCAGUCCAAAACCGAAAGCUUUGAGGGCAUUUGCGGCCCCGUGGACGACGAAGAUGGAUUUCGCGUCCAAGGCGGACACAAGGCCCAAGAAAAGCUGUUUAAGAAGUGGGAGCAAGGCGGCAAGGGAUGGUCAUCGACGAUGUGGAAGAUGAACAAACCCGGACGACAAGCACUGCUCCGUCGCUGGCGCCACGAGUUCGUCGAAACCUGCAGUCGGCGGGCCCUGCAGGACUUUGACGUGUACCAAGAAUGCGUGACGAAAGCGGCGGAGAUUCAAACAGCGCAAAACCUCCGGCUGCUUGGACGAGCCAAGAUUGUCGGUAUGACCACCACCGGAUGUGCGUUGAAUCAGGAGCUGGUGCGAUGCUUGGCCCCCAAAGUGGUGCUGUGCGAAGAAGCGGGCGAAGUGCUGGAGGCGCACUUGCUGUCGUGCUUGACGGCGGCCACGGAGCACGUGAUUCAGAUUGGAGACCACAAGCAACUACGGCCGUUGGUGAGCGAGUUCAAACUCAGCAUCGAUGCCAACAAUGGGUUUAAUCUGGACGUGUCGAUGUUUGAGCGACUUGUGCAAACUGACGCGCCGGUGGUGACGCUGAACACACAGCGCCGCAUGUCGCGAGACGUGUGCGACCUCAUUCGAUGGACGAUUUACCCGACGUUGGAAGAUGCCCCGAACGUAUUGCAGUACCCGGCGGUGCUUCGGGGGUUUUCGCACUCGCUGUGGUUUCUCGACCAUUCGUUUCAAGAGAGUGACAAGGACGGGUCCAAGACCAACGCGGACGAGGCGAGUAUGGUCGUGGAGCUGGUCCAGUACGCGCUGCGACAGGGUUUCUGCGACGUGGCGGUGCUGACACCGUACUUGGGCCAGCUGGUGGUGCUGCGCAAUGAGCUCAACACCAAGCACGUGUGGACCGAAUUGGGCGAAAAGGACGAGGAGGACGUUCUGGCGCUGGACACUCGCAGCGUUGGGGACGACACAAAACAACCGUAUCGCAUGGCGAUGAAAAGCUUGAAAAACUGCGUCAAACUGGCCACGGUGGACAACUUUCAAGGCAACGAAGCCGAGCUCGUGAUUGUGUCGACUGUGCGCUCCAAUGCGAGGGGCAGCGUUGGCUUUCUCAAGAUUCUGAACCGCGUCAAUGUCAUGCUGUCGCGCGCCAAGCAUGGAAUGAUCGUGCUCGGGUCGGCCUCCACCAUCCGAGCCAACAGAAACGCCACCAUGUUCAACAAUGUGCUGGACAUUUUGGAAUCGAAACAACUCAUCGGGCCAUCCAUUGGCCUGACGUGCCAGAACCACAGCACUGCCACCCAAGUCGCCUCUGCCAAAGACAUGCGACGGCUGGUGCCGGACGGCGGGUGUCGGCUGCCCUGCGAUGCGCGGCUGCCGUGUGGCCAUGUCUGCGCCAAGUGCUGCCACAGCGACGACCGAGCCCACGUGACCAACCAGUGUCGAGAAAAGUGCACCAAAGCGGUCGGCAAGUGUGGCCAUUUGUGUCGUCUGCAGUGCUUUCAAGCGUGUGAGUGCCGAGAACUCCUACCCAGUGUCGAUUUAUCCUGUGGUCAUAUCGCAACCAACGUACCGUGCAUCCAUCGCGACACGAUUCAGUGCAAAGUCAAGUUUACCCUGGUCCGACCAGAUUGUGGCCACAACGUGGUGGUGGAUUGCGCGACAGCCAUCGCCUUUCGGGCUGCCACGUCACGAGACCAGCAACUCUCGGCCAUCGGAGAACCCUGCACCGUGACCUGCGGCCGCACUCGCCCGUGCUCUCAUACGUGCACUGCCCCAUGCCAUGCAUGUGUUGAAUCCCAGCAGGACUCGGGCCAGCACGUGGGCGAGUGUACGCACCCUUGCAACCGCAUGUUGAUCUGCGGCCACGCUUGCGCUGCGUAUUGCCACCCUGCGAACGAAUGUCCGCCCUGUCAACUGGCCUGCAGUGCCUCGUGUAUACAUUCAAAAUGCGCAUUGCCGUGCAAAGAGCCCUGUGUGUCGUGCGCCGAGCCUUGCAUGUGGACAUGUUCCCACCGCCAAGAGCGCUGUCCCCUGCCCUGCGGGUCCCCCUGCAUUCAGCUGCCAUGCGACGUCCGUUGCCCCAACCUGCUCGAGUGCGGGCAUCAGUGCCCCGGUCUGUGCGGGGAACCUUGCAACGUGCCGUGUCGGCACUGCGCCUCGGCCGAUCUCAAGCACCAAGUGGUCGACUUGAUUUUGCAGGUGACAUUGGAAGACCACGACCCGAACGACUCGCCGCUCGUGGCGUUGCCGUGUGGUCACUCGUUUACAAUUGAAACGUUGGACGGGUACUUGGAACUGGACAAGUACUACCGCAAACAAGAUGGCGUCUGGACAGAGGUGGCGCCGCUGAGCAUGCAACUCGUGGAUGGACAGACCAAUAAGUCGUGCCCGCAGUGCCGCCGUCCAAUCGACCGCGUGAACCGAUACGGCCGCAUACUGCACUUCCACGAAGUGUACGCGUCGGAGCGGAAAUACCUGCACAAGACGACGGAAUUGGUGCUGCAGUCCCAACAGCGUCGACAGGAAUGGACCACCCAACCAAAUCCAGCGCAUGCUAUCAUGUGGUUAAGGCAAUUCACACGGCAAGCCAUGGCGUGCUCGUCGCCUGGGGAAGCGAUGGCUGUGAAGGAACGCCAUUGCCUGGAACAGGUGCAGCAGCAGCAGGUCAACUUGAACACGUAUCGAAACACGAUGCAAUCUGCGACAGAGUUGCUGUUGAACGUCGAGUUGUUGGAAGUGCACCUGGUGUGCGUCGCACAAGCAUUAGCCGGCCCCAACACCAUCAACGCUGUGGGAUUAGUCAAGCGAGCCAAGGCGAUUGAAGCGUCGAGUCGGGCCUUGUGUGCGGAGGUGUCGUCGCAUCGAACGGAAGGGCAAGUGCUGGUGUUGGCGUUAAAGUUGCGUCUGCUUCUCGUGGGCAGCCCGGGCGACCAGUUUGCAGACAAGCCAUCGAUUGUGGAUGAAAUGAAGUCGUUGGUGGCUAGUGCGUCCAGCAGCACCCCCAUCGAGUUUAUCGUUCAAGCUACCAAAUUGGUGGACGCUGCAAAAGUCCAACUGGACAAACUGCUGACCCAAGCAGAAAAGGACGAAAUUUACAAAGUGUUUGCCGCCUCUAGUACGCACUGGAACUCUGGGUUUGGAGGUCACUGGUACCAGUGCCCGAAUGGACAUCCCUAUGUGAUCACCGAGUGUGGGGGCGCCAUGCAAGUGUCGGCUUGUCCUGAAUGCGGGGCGGCGAUCGGCGGAUCGAACCAUGCCUUGUUGCCAACCAACCAAGCGGCCACGUCAUUUUUCACGUCGACAUGACAAAUACAUAUGGAGAAAGCAUGCGUGGAAUACGUACAUAUAUAUUCUGUAUUGCUGGAUGUGUGUAAGCCCAUGAUUAGUCAUGAAUAUAUUAGUUGACGUAAAC